AUGGCAGAUGACUCGACGUCGUUGGUAAGAAAUCAGCAGACAACUGCCACCGAGCAAAAUGCUGUUUACCACGACAAAUGGCAGGGUCCUCGAGCCCGGUGCCUACAGAUCAUAUUCGUCGUCCUGAUUAUCAUAAUGGUUCUGGUGUGUGUUAUACUUGCCAUAUAUCGGGGAGUCGUUGUAGGAGAAAAUGGCGCCUUGUACUUCAUGCUGGGUGUCUGUCUCGUCGGAUAUGUGAUUCUGGAAGUGAUUCUGAUAAUAUUUAUCCGGCAAGGCGAACUGCCACAGGAGAAGACAUGGUUCCUGUAUUUCCUCGGUAUGUGUGUCUUUUUGGAAGCCAUCUUUACAGAUAUUCUGCUGUACAACUGA